AUGGCAGCUGCUUGCGGCGGCGGGAGCUUGAAGGGCUUCGGCCACCUGGCGCGGAGGGGUCUUCUGGUCUCCCUGGGGGCCGGGGGCCGCGCCCGUUGCAUCGCCUCCUCCGGUGCAGGCAGCUGUGGGCGAGGCUGGCCCGGGACAGGGAGACCCCUUCUGCUGGGGGCUGCCUUUGCCCUUGGGGGCGCCUUUGGAGCUUAUCGGACCCUCCAGCGCCGCUUCCAAGGCCAGCAGCAUCUCGCAGAGCAAGAGGUAGCCAAGCUCCCAGAGGACAACCUGCAGUUGACCCUCUACCAAUACAAGACCUGCCCCUUCUGCAGCAAGGUCCGAGCUUUCCUGGAUUAUCAUGGGCUGCCUUAUGAAGUCGUGGAGGUGAAUCCAGUCAUGCGGAAGGAGAUUAAGUUCUCUGCUUACAGGAAGGUGCCCAUUCUCCUUGCCAGCACUGAAAGCACACUGCAAUUGAAUGACUCUUCUGUGAUCAUCAGUGCAUUUAAAACCUACCUCAUUUCCAGGAAGAGUUUGGACGAGAUUCUGUCAUACUACCCUGCCAUGAAAGCCACAAAUGACCGGGGCAAGGAGGUGAUUGAGUAUGGCAACAAAUACUGGCUUAUGCUGGAUGAAAAGGAGACUCUGAAUGUUUAUCCUGUCAAGGAAGCAAGGGUGGAGGAAAUGAAAUGGAGGCAGUGGGCGGACGACUGGCUUGUGCACCUCAUCUCGCCCAAUGUUUACCGCACGGCUGGUGAGGCCCUCGCAUCUUUCGACUACAUUGUGCACGAGGGCAAGUUUGGCACAAUUGAAGGCUUCUUUGCCAAAUACAUUGGGGCUGCUGCGAUGUUCUUCAUCAGCAAAAGGCUAAAGGCCAGGCACCACCUGCAGGAUAAUGUCAGGGAAGACUUGUACAAAGCAGCGAACGACUGGGUGAAAGCUGUCGGCAAGCACAGGAUGUUCAUGGGUGGAUCGGAGCCAAACCUUGCAGAUUUGGCGGUUUAUGGAGUUUUGCGCGUCAUGGAAGGCUUGGAAGCUUUUGAUGACAUGAUGACCCACACCCAGAUCCAGCCUUGGUACCGUCGUAUGGAGGCAGCCAUUGGGCAGUCUAGAGUUGCCAUUUGAUGUCACACAGUACUCCAGAUUCUAAAAACAGGCCUUAACAUUGUCCAGGAAAAGCUCAUGAAGCAAAGCAGGAUUAAAAAAAAAACUCCAAAGCCAAAAGGGGUGUAUGGAAUGAAUGCCACCACCAAAGGGGUCUUGGAGAAAGCAGUGGAACAUGGCACAUGGACUGUUGUUUGUAGGAAGCAUUAAGAGUAUCAUACUUGCUGAGUGAAUUUUGAUUGUAAGGCCUUUACUAGGCCCUUCUGCUUUGGGAUUUUACUUUCCCCCCGCCCAAGUGUCUAAAACAACCUUGUCUGUCUCCAAAAUAUUUGCUUGGUCCUGGGGCAGGUGGAGGAAGCGAGUGUUUUGCUAGGGGUUCAUUCUGCUGAUGUCCUUCCUGUUAUUCAGAGUGAAUAGAUCUGAAGCCACACUCUAAUUGCUGCUUUUCUCUGUGCCUGUAUGGCAUGUGGGACUUCUCCAUUACCAGACAAGUUGACCCAGAGAGGGUGACACAAACAAAUAAAGAACAGUUAGGAAACAGUGUGCAAUAUUUAUAUGAAGCAGGGGUGCAGGGAGAAGGCUGAAGUUUCUGGAAAUGUGCCCCUUGGCUAGAAUAAUGGCAUUCUAGGAAAGAAUGAGAACAGAAGAGCUUUUACUCCUGCUGCCCAUCAAAGGGAUCUGUCAGAAUUUCCAAAUGAAAGGCAGCUCCUUUUUAAAUAACGUGUGGUUUGUAAAAUGUGACAAUGGCACGCAUCUGUGAUGUUCUGCCAUGUAAGAGAUUGUCUUAUGUGACAUGUUGAUGUUGGAGAAGGGUUGUAAAGUGUGAA